AUGCAUGACUUUGCAAUGCCCCCCGUUAUCGUACGAAUACUGAUCGUAGCCCCUAGCAUCGAUCGGUGUGCAACACUUCGAGCCACAACCGCCUCCCAAGGUAUUGCGCUGGCUGCAGCAGGAUCAGCUUUAUUAGCAAUGGAAGGCGUGGCUAGGCUGGCCGAGGACCUGUGCAAAAUCAAGCGAAAAGACUCAUCGCGGUGCCAAUGCGACCUGGGAGACCAAAGUGUGCGGCACGUCCUGCUCGAGUGUCCACUUCGGGAGGAACUGCGAACAGAAAUGGCGGAAAAAUUGUUCGAAGCCGGGGUGUCGGCGAUGCUCGGAGAGGAAGAGGUGUUGAAGGAAUCGAAGGCAGCGCCGAUCGUGGCAAAGUUCAUGAUCGCGUCGGGACUCCUAGGACAGUUCCAUUCAGUAGACUCGGUCGCCACCGGUAAGGAGAAGGGGGCAGGGGACGGGAAUUUAGAAUCAAACCAAGGCACUACAAGUGCUAGAGACAAAGGAAGCACAACUUAG